AACCUCCACCAUUCUAACCCAUCGGUUCGACCACAGGGCCGUGCCGCCGCCUCCUUCCUCUGUAAACCCCCUCCUCCCUCCUCCUCCCACCGCUGGCCGGUGCAAAGAGGGCUUUCACGACCGGAGCUCGCCGUCGCCCUCCUGUCCCCAACCUCCUCGCAUAGCCAGCGCGCACUUAUCUUGUCUAUAGCUCUGGCAGUGCCCAACUUCUGGCAGGCCGGCUACUGUAGCGACAAAACUUAAUCUAGCGCGUGCAGAGCAAGGGCUAGUCCAAGCAUCGGCUUGCAAGAUGAGCGACGACGUGAUAUGGCACUGCAUCCGCCACAACCACUGCAGCUUCAUGGCAAAGAUCACGACAGGCAUAUUUUGCCGGAAUCCGUACAACGCCACGGGCAUAUGCAACCGGAGCUCCUGCCCGCUCGCUAACAGCCGCUACGCCACCAUCCGGGACCACGAUGGUAUUUUCUACUUAUAUAUGAAAACUGCUGAAAGAGCUCAUCAGCCAAACAGAUUAUGGGAGAGAGUCAAACUACCUAGGAAUUAUGAGAAAGCAAUGGAAGUCAUCAACAAGCAUCUCGAGUUUUGGCCCAAGCUACUUGUGCACAAGAUCAAGCAGCGCCUGACAAAAAUGACUCAGUAUCGGAUAAGGAUGAGGAAACUUCAACUUAAAGUGAGAGAGAAGAUAAUUACAGUACCCAGGAAGAAGACUCAGCGUGAGAUCAGAAGAUCGGAGAAAGCUGAAAAGGCUGCUCAACUGGAUAAGAGCAUUGAAAGUGAACUGAAGGAACGUCUGAGAAAAGGUGUAUAUGGUGACAUUUAUAAUUACCCUUUCAGUCAGUUUGAUACUAUCGUUCAAAUGGAAAAAGAUGACUUGGCUCCUGAGAUAGAAGAGGAAGAAGAAGGUGAGAUAGAGUAUGUUGAAGGUGAUGAUAUCGAGAUGGGUGACAUGGAUGAUAUGGAAGACUUUGAAGGCCUUGUUGGUGAAGAUGUUGACGCAGAUGAAGAUGAUGGUUUUGAUGAGCCAGUAACAAAGAAACCCAAGGGAUCAUCCUUCAAUUUGAGAUCAAAGAUUGGGAGAAAGUCUACCAAGGUUAUCACCGAGGUGGAUCAAGAUGAAGACAUGAAUAGCAGACAGAUGACGCAAAAGUGAGGUCACCCAAGCAUGUAGUAAUAUGGUCGGUGUUGAUCUUUUUUGCUCUAUGCUAGAUGAUCUACCUUUAUCUUCUCAUGAUAACCUCCUGAAUUCAUAUGAUGUUUUUUUGGUGUGCUGAGAAGAUGGAAACUGACAUUGUUGUACUUCUGGGUACCCGGUCACAUGGAAACUGGCAUGACUUGUGGCUUAUAUCAUAAAACAGUAAUAUUGUACU